UUCCAGAUUUAAUAAAAUGGAGAUGAAGAAAUGAAUAUUUUGGAGUGGACCACCCAUAUUACUAAACUAGAUUUGAUAAUAAUUAUCGGAAUCCUAAGUAGAGUCUGUCUUUACUUCAGCUGGGAUACUUUGAAGCUAGUAGACACUAGAAAACUAGUUAUUUCCUCAUUUUACGAGUACCUUGUUAUAUGUUGGGACCAGAUAUGCUCCUGGAUUAGUGUACUGUCAGUACAAGGAAAACUGGUUUGUAAGUGGAUUCUCUUGUACUUCUUUGAAACAGAGGAUGUUAGACUGAAAAUGGAUGAUCUCAAUAGAAGUUACCUAUGUGGGACUGGUGGCGGUAAAGUCCCAGCGCUUGGAAAGAUACAGAUAGAUAAUGCCUGUAUUCUGGUCAACGGUGGACACCCUUUACAAACAUACUCUAUUCUAUCCAGGGUGUCUGAGUGUUACUCUUGUUCUCUGAGUGUAGCUUGGAAUAGUUCGGAUAGUGGUAAUGAUGUAACUGCGUUCAACUCAUUUCAAGUCAACACCAGAUAUUCUACUUUUUUAGAAGUACAUGACCACACAGGAACUACACAAUGCAGUACAGAGUUCAAAUUUGGGCAGUACGGAUUCUAUAAUUUCUCAUUACACGACUGCUCCAUUGUUUUAGAGGAGAAACCUGUGAAUGCAUACAUUCCCUUAUUUUGGGCGGGGUUUGUAUUGUGCCUUCUAGCUGGGCUGAGGUUGACCUACCAGGCUAUAUACAAAACAUCAGCAUUCAGAAGGUUUCUGGUAUGGUUAUGCCUUAGAACUGAGGUUCAUAAUGAUCUUGCUUCUCAGUUUGCUGAUACAACAAACCUCCUGGAGGACUCGGAGGUGGAAAUCAAGCGCUCUAGAAGAUUAAGAUCUUUGGAUGCGUUCCGUGGAAUUGCAAUCUCUGUGAUGAUCUUUGUAAACUAUGGCGGUGGGAGUUACUAUUUCUUCAAUCAUUCACCAUGGAACGGGUUAACUGUGGCAGAUCUUGUUUUCCCUUGGUUUAUCUGGAUUAUGGGGGUCAGCCUUGUAAUCUCAACCCAGUCACAGCUUAGGAACUCUAGGUCUAGGUUUAGAAUAGUGCGGAAGGUUUGCAUUAGAUCCUUUAUAUUGAUAUUCCUUGGCCUUAUUCUCAAUUCAGAUGGUGGACGGAAUGAUCUGAGUAAGCUGCGUAUACCAGGAGUUCUCCAGAGGUUUGGUAUUUCUUAUCUUCUAGUUGGUAUUCCAGAAGCACUCUUCCUACCCAGAGAAUACAUUUCUACAGAGGGCAGAGGAAUGUUUGGUUGUGUGCUUGAUUUUUCAUCUGCCGGCUUUCAAUGGUUCCUAACUUUUUUGAUAGGGGGUGCACAUGCCGCUGUCACAUUUUUGCUGCCAGUGCCCGGCUGCCCUACAGGAUAUCUGGGACCUGGUGGAAGGGCCGAGAAUGGAACCCACUAUAAUUGCACAGGUGGAGCAGCUAUGUGGAUGGAUGUAUCUGUAUUCGGAGCAGAACAUAUUUAUCAGACUCCAACCUCAAUUCCUAUCUACGGAGGUUCUACUCCUCAUGAUCCUGAGGGUCUACUGGGCACCUUAAACUCCGUUGUACUGGUUUGGCUUGGUGUAGCUGCUGGUCGUAUUCUACUUGUUUAUCCAACAUGGCAGAGUCGUGUAAAGCGUUGGCUGCUAUUUAGUCUGGUGACCGGCCUGAUUUCUGGUCUACUUUGCAACUUCUCUAAGAAUGAGGGUAUAAUUCCGAUUAACAAAAAUCUCUGGUCUCUCUCCUUUAUUCUGGCGACAGCAUCUAUGGCAUUCUUCCUUCUCACGUUCAUGUAUCUUCUGAUAGAUGUUUUCAAGUUCUGGUCUGCUAGUCCCUUCCAUUUUCCAGGAAUGAAUUCUAUCCUUCUCUACAUCGGGCAUGAGAUGGUUUCAGGGAUGCUGCCCUGGUCUUGGAGACCAUUCACAGGUUCUCACGGAGAGCUAUUAGCUAUGAAUCUAUGGGGUGCUGGACUUUGGAUUGCUACGAGUUAUCUUCUUUAUAGAAGAAGAGUAUUCCUUGCUCUUUGAAUCCAUCUUGCUCUUUGAGUAUUUCUCACUUUUGGAAAAUAAUUCUUGCUCUUUUAAAGCAUUCCCCAUAAUUUUAGAGACCUCCUCAAGUCGAGAAUUCUAUUUUUCUCAGAAAUUUGCUCGAGCUUUGAGAUUUACAUCAUCCUACUCUUGAACAACUUUUUGUUUUCUGAUAUUUCCUAAGUCGCAAAGAUUUGAUUGUUCUCCGAGAAUUAAACGUUAUC